AUUAUAACUAUAGUAUAAUAUUUAUCUUGUGAACUAUAGAUUAUUCUGUUGAAUCUGUCUUUUUUAACCAAUGACCUUUUAAAUUUUGGAGAAAAAGUUUACAACUUGUAAUUAGAAUACAAACGAACAUGGGAGAUACUAGUGAUGAAAGUGAUACCAAUGACGAUGAGUCAUAUAGUUAUGCUGGUUGCUACGAGAACAACCGCAGUCAGAGGUUAUUAAAAGAUGGACCUCAGCAUCGCAAAAAAAUGUCUGCAGACAUAUGUUAUGAACUUUGUAAAAAAAGAGUAAUUCGAAACAGCUUUAAUUAUUUUGGAACACAGAAUGAACGUGAUUGCUAUUGUGGAGAAGUGGCAGAUAUUGAGCUCUUCAACAAAGGCGGGUAUAAACAUAACAAGUCCGAAUGCAACAGCACUUGCAGGGGAAAUGACGAUGAAAAAUGUGGUAGUAAAUACAGUGUGUCCUUAUACAACCUAAAGGGGAACGGGACAACAACAGAAGAAUUUCCAACUAGUUCAGCAAGCAAUGUUUCACUGGCAGGUAUUGGAAUUGGUGUCGCUUGUCUAAUCCUUAUUGUUAUGUGCUGUGUCAUUAUAUUGAGAAGAAGGUUUCUUGGAAAACAGAAUACGGAAAGAUCAAAUACAUAUCGAAAUGCCGCAGAUAUGAGCGUUACUAGUAACCAAAAUGAACAAAGACAAGGAAAUUCGUUUUCUUACACUGAAUUAAUAGUUUAUAAUCAAAACCAUGCGUAUGAUGUGCUCCAGAAUGAGACAAAUGACACAAUAAAUGGUAAAGCAGAUGUAUUGGAUAAUGCAGAAGACGCUCAAGAGUCCAAUGACAAUUAUACUGUAUUAGUAGUACCAGAAGACCAAAACUCUACACUCGCGACAAACACUACUGGGUUUAUUGAAAAUACAUCAGAUAACAAAGCUUCAAACAAAACUACCCCUACAAUUGGUGCUUAUGCUAUUCUAGACCCGACAGAAACAGGCUUUGACAGAACCAAACCAGAACAAGAACUCAAAGCUGAUUCAUAUGCUGUUCUUGACCCUGCUGAGACUGGAUUUGACCGGACGAAAGACAAAGAUGAAGUACCGAUUCAAUUAGUAAUUAGAGGCGCGCAUUCAAUUACCAUGAAAACCAAAAUUGAAUCAAUUGAAAAUAAAGCAGAUAAGAAAGCUUCGAAAAAGACUAACAUUGGUAUCGUUCCUUAUGCCAUUCUUGACCCGGAUGCAACAGACUUUAACAGAACAAAACCAGAACCAAAAGUAAAUGAUGAUUCUUAUACUGUCCUUGACCCAGCUGAGACUGGAUUUGACCGGACAAAAUACAGAGACGACAUGCCUUCUCAGUCUGUAAACAUCAAAACCUCGGGUAAAUCUAUACAUGGACAUGACAUUCAGAAUGAAAUAACAAAUGGUGAAGGAAAUCAUAGCCUGAAUAUGGAUGGUCAAUAUGACCAUUUGAAUCAAGUAUUCAGACCAAAAGAUGACAACGAACAUACGUACAGUCAUUCCGUUGAUGAGGUUUAUGAUAUAACAAAUCAAAAUCGCACACCAAGGACAGACGAUUCAUUAAAUGCUUACGAUUAUCUUAUUGAUUCUAAGACUCCAGUUGACAACAACGACAAGACUGCUGUGAACAAUAGAUAA